AUGCUUUCAGUGAUUCCUCCUUCGGCAGCCGAGGCGCCGCAUGUCGCCUCCAAGCACAGCUACGAGGCCCAAGUCAACGCGGUGGACACGGACUCGGAGCCAGAGACGGUACCGGCGGAACCCAGAAGCGUUGAUGAGUUGAUGCGCAGCCGGUCUCGGACCGAUCCGGAUCUUCCGCUCAUCUCAUACCCGUCGUCAGGCAUUCAAUAUGUCGACUACACGGCGCGCCAGCUCGACAUAUUCGCGUACAGAGUCGCACAGGUUUACAAAGGAUUGAUACCGCAGAGGACGAGCUCGAAUGAAAAGCCGGCGGUCAUCGGCCUGCUCGGGCCGUCGAAUCUCGAGUACCUCAUCACCAUGCUGGCACUUACCAAACUCGGCCACACGGUCAUGUUCCAGUCGACAAGGAUCUCGCAGGAGGCACACGCCUCGCUGCUGAACACCACCAACUCCAGACACAUGGUCAUCGACCCGUCGUUUGCCGACAUGGCGGCGGCACUCAAGCGGGACAACAUCCCCGACCUCAGCGUCAUCCCGAUUGCCGGGCCCGAGGUCUACAGCCACGCCAUCUCGGAGGCGGACCACCGCCUCGACACGCGGAUGGACCACAAGCUCGACGUGGAGAAAGAGCAGAACCACGUGGCGUGGAUCAUCCACUCGUCGGGGUCGACGGGGCUGCCGAAGCCCAUUUUCCAGACGCAGCGGGCGGCGCUCAAGAACUACGCGACCAACAUGAACAUGCGCGGCUUCAUCACGCUGCCGCUGUUCCACGCGCACGGCAUCGGGUCGCUGUUCCGGGCCGUCGACUCGCGCAAGCAGAUCCACCUGUACAACGCGGCGCUGCCGCUGGCCAAGCAGUACCUGAUCGACAUCAUCAAGACGCACGACUUCGAGAUCUUCUACGGCGUGCCCUACGUGCUGAACCUGCUGGCCGAGGAUGACGAGGGCCUCGAGCUGCUGGCGCGCUUCAAGAUCGUCAUGUUCGGCGGCUCGUCGUGCCCGGACUCGCUGGGCCACAAGCUGACGCAACGCGGCGUCUACCUGGUCUCCCACUACGGCUCCACCGAGACGGGCCAGCUGAUGACGUCGUUCCGCCCGCGCGACGACCUGGGCUGGGACUACCUGCGGCCCGCCGACAACGUCAAGCCGUUCCUGCGCUUUGAGGACCGCGGCGGCGGCCUGUACGAGUGCGUGUGCCUGCCGGGCUGGCCCUCCAAGGUCGCCACCAACCGCCCGGACGGCGCCUACGCCACCAAGGACUGCUUCACCCGCCACCCCACCAUCCCCGACGCCUGGAAGUACUACUGCCGCCUCGACGACACGCUGACGCUGAACAACGGCGAGAAGGCCAACCCGCUGCAGCUCGAGGGCGCCGCCCGCGAGUGCACCCUCGUCGAGGAGGCCGUCAUGUUCGGCGCCGGCAAGGCCCGUCUGGGCCUCGCCCUGGUGCUGUCCGACGAGGGCGCCGCGCUGCCCGGGCAGCAGGUCAUCGACGCCAUGUUCGACACCAUCAAGCCCGCCCACGACACGCUGCCCGCCUACGCCAAGAUCGACCGCGACAUGGUGCUCGUGCUGCCCGCCGGCACCAGCUACCGCGUCACCGACAAGGGCACCGUCAUCCGCCAGGCCUUCUACAAGCAGUUCGCCGCCGAGAUCGAGGCCAUGUACGAGGAGAAGGUCUCCGACGACGCCCUCGCCCUCGACGAGCCCCAGCUCCGGGACUUCAUCCGCGCCGAGGUCGCCCAAGUGCUGGGCCUGCAAGACGACCAGCAGCAGCUGUCCGACGAGCAGGACUUCUUCGGCCUAGGCAUGGAUUCGCUGCAGACGACGAGGUUGCGGACCGCGUUCGUGAAGAAGCUGGAUCUGGGCGGCAAGCAGCUGGGCUUGAACUGCGUCUUCGACUAUCCGUCAGUGUCGGCCCUGGCGCGUCACCUGUACGCGCUGAGGACCGGCGAGGAUUCCCGGCAGAUCUCGAAGGAGGAGGAGAUGCAGGCCUUGAUCGAGCAGUACUCCACCUUCAGGGAGCACAUCCCCCAGACCCGCCAGGUCGAGGGCGAGUACGUGAUCGUUACCGGCGCAACUGGCUCCCUCGGCGCUCACGUCGCCGCCCAGCUCGCCUCCCUCCCCACCGUGCAGCGCGUCUACUGCCUCGUCCGCGCCCCCUCUUCCACCGCCGCCACGGACCGCGUCAUCCGCUCCCUCGAAGCCCGCCACCUGUGGUCCACCCUCCCCGAAUCGUCUCGCAGCAAACUGUCCGCCCUCCCCGCCGACCUCUCCCUUCCGGACCUCGGCCUCGACGCGCCCCAGCUCGACGCCCUCCGCACGCAGCUGUCCGCCGUCAUCCACUGCGCCUGGGCCGUCAACUUCAACCUGCAGCUGCGCAGCUUCGCGCGCGACUGCGUCGGCGGCGUCGCGAAUCUGUUGGACCUCUGUCUCUCCGUCCGCGCGCCGCGGCCCGCGGCGUUUAAUUUUUGUAGUUCGGUGUCGACGGUGUAUAAUACGGCGUCGUACUUGCAAUCCACGUCGGAUGAGGCGUUGGCCAGCGUGCAGAUUGAUGAGGCGCUGCCCCCGAGUCUGCGCUGCGCCCAGGACAUGGGAUACGCGCAGAGCAAGCUCGUCGCCGAGACGCUGUGUCGGCGCGCUGCGGCCGCGCGGGAGGGGUUGCGCGCGCGUGUCCUGCGUGUGGGGCAGAUCGUGGGUGAUGAGCGGCGUGGCGUGUGGAAUGCGACGGAGGCGGUGCCGCUGAUGCUAAGGUCCGCCGUCACGCUCGGCGCACUGCCAAGGCUCGACGAGAGCGUCAGGUGGUUGCCCGUCGACGUCGUCGCGCGGGCGUGCGUUGAGGUCGGGCUGGGCGAAGAUGCGCCGGCGGAGGUGUACAACGUGGUUAAUCCGCAGACGCUGCAUUGGACGAGGGAGCUGUUGCCUGUGUUGAGGGAGGCGGGGUUGCGGUUUGAGGAGGUGGAGGUCGAGGAGUGGUUGGAGAGGUUGAGGCGGUCCGAGCAGGAUCCCGAGAGGAAUCCGCCGGUUAAGUUGUUGACGUUUUGGGAGGGGAAGUAUGGGAAGAAGAAGCAGCAGGAUGUGGGCGAGGUGAGGAAGCCGGAGGUGACGUGGGAGACGGAUAGGGUUAGGAAAUGGUCGAAUGCGAUUGCGACGGUGGAGAAGCCCGGGAAGGAGCUGUUGGAGAAGAUUGUGGGGUAUUUCUUGAAUGAGGCGUGGAAGAGUGCAUAG